GAAACAGACUUUUCUCAAGACGAGAAUAAAAUUUUGUUCAUUUUUUCCAGCCCGGAAGCAUAGCACUUCUCUUUCAACAAUUCAGGGUACUUGGAAAUCUCUUAUAUAUCCAGAGAUAUUUUCUCAGUUUUCUCAUUGGAAAGUACGUAGUGGCUUCAUUUCUUACAAUAUUUUAUGGAAUUAAAUAGUUGGUGGAACAACGACUGCAUUGUUUGUUUGUUGCUAGUUUUCAUAAAAUACAAUUUGGGAGAUCAUAGGCGCGUUGGCAUCAAAACAGCGAUGAAUGUUCGCAAAUGCAUUUUAUAUUCAUAGUUUGUUGCAAUUGGUCCAGAUGCAGGCUAACGAUUGGUGCCAUUUUUUCCCAUCAAUUGAGGUCAAUCUUCACCAUUCCACCUUCGAGUGCAAGAUUUGUAUGCUUCUUCAUUAACUCUUUACAGCUCCAGCUCCUUGCAGCACAACCUCUGCCACUUUCUUGUUCUUGUUAGCUAUUUCUUGCCAACCAAUUGUAAAGGCAUUUAUAGCGAAUCUUUCCUUGCUAAUCAAACAAAAAAUACGAAAAAGAAAAAAAAACAAUUAUAGUUGGGGUUUUCAUCUCCCAAUCAACCAGUAAAUCAAAUGACAGAAGCUAUUUUGUUCAGUAUUACUGACAGAAUCUUGGGAAAACUAGGGAACCUGGCCCUGCAAGAGAUAGGACUGAUAUGGGGUGUUAAGGACGAGCUUGAAAAACUAAGGAAUACUGCUUCCGUUAUCAAAGCAAUAUUUCUUGAUGCAGAAGAGCAGCAAACAAAAAGCCAUGAGGUUAGAGAUUGGCUCCGAAAGCUUAAAGAUGCAAUUUAUGAUGCAGAUGAUUUGCUGGAUGAUUUCUCCACGGAAAUGUUGCAACAGCAGCUGAUGAUGCAGGAUAAGAAGGCGAUAGAGGUAUGUGCUUUCUUUUCGAAGAUAAAAAAGACUGCAUAUGGUUUUAGCAUGUCUUCUAAGAUUAAGGCAAUUAGGGAGAGACUGAAUGACAUAGCUUCAGACAGAAGCAAAUUCCAUUUGACAGACCACCCCAGACACAUGCGUAGUGUUAGUGCAGAGAGGGAGCAGACUCAUUCUUUUGUUUGCGUUGAAGAAGUUGUGGGGAGAGAGGAUGAUAAAUUGGCCAUUGUAGAAUUGUUGUUGCACUCUAACGCUGAGGAGAAUGUUUCUGUUAUACCAAUAGUUGGCAUUGGGGGGCUAGGAAAGACUACUCUUGUGCAGCUCGUUUACAAUUCUGAGAAAAUACGAAGGCAUUUUGAGCUAAGAAUUUGGGUGUGUGUUUCUGAUGUUUUUGAUGUGAAGUUAAUAGUUCAAAAAAUUGUAGAAUCUGCAACUAAUACUAAGUGUGAUGGCCUUGAAAUGGAUUCCUUGUUAACUCGUCUUGGAAAAGAAAUAGAUGGCAAGAAAUUUUUGCUUAUUUUGGAUGAUGUAUGGAAUGAUAACCGUGAGAGAUGGCUAAAACUGAGGGAUCUGUUAAUGGGUGGCGCAAGGGGGAGUAAGGUUGUGGUGACGACACGCACUCAGUUGAUCGCUACAAUUACUGGCACAGCUAAACCAUACUUCCUCAGAAGUCUUUCUGAAGAUGAGUCGUGGUCUUUGUUUGAGAAAUUAGCUUUUAAACAAGGGAAAGAAUUUGAGAAUACAAGACUUGUAGCAAUCGGAAAGGAGGUUGUUAAAAAAUGUGCGGGAGUUCCCCUGGCCAUCAGGACUAUGGGAAGCCUUCUUUAUUGCAAGGAUACUGAAACUGAGUGGCUCUCUUUUAAAGACAGAGAUCUUUCCAUGAUACCUCAAAAUGAGAAUGACAUAUUACCGAUAUUGAAGUUGAGCUAUGAGCUACUUCCGCCAUGCUUGAAGAAUUGCUUUGCUUACUGUUCCUUGUUCCCAAAGGGCUACGAAAUGAAUAAGCAAACACUGAUAAAACUCUGGAUGGCACAAGGUUUUCUGCAGCCAGCCGAUGGAAUGCAACAUCUUGAGGAAGUAGGUCAUCAGUGUUUCAUGGAUUUAGCUCGGCGAUCCUUCUUCCAAGAUUUAGAGUAUGGUGAAUGGGGUGAUGUGGUGAGUUGCAGAAUGCACGAUCUGAUGCAUGACCUUGCCCUAUUAGUUGGUGGAAGUGAGAGCUCUGCAGUCGAUUCUAAUGCAGAAAAUAUAUGUGAAGGAAUUCGUCAUGUAUCCCUUGACUUUAAAUUAGAUUCAUCGCAGAAAAUCCCCCCCUCUUUGUUCAAAGCAAACAAAAUUCGGACAUUGGUGCUACCUGUGCAACCAGUAUAUCGUAAAAUACUGAACCAGGCUCCCCAUGAUACAAUUAUUUCCAGUUUCAGGUGCUUGCGUGCAUUAGAUUUCCAUAACACAGGGGUUGACAUUGUGCCUAGUUCAAUCAGUAAGUUGAAGCAUUUGCGGUAUCUUGAUCUCUCUAAGAAUGAAGAUCUAAAAAGACUCCCCCGUUGCAUUACCAAACUGAAGAAUUUGCAGACACUCAAACUCUCUUCCUGCAAAAGGUUAGAAGCAUUGCCAAGACAUAUCAGUAAAAUGAUCAGUCUUAGGCAUCUUGAGAUUGACCAUUGUACUGGUUUGACGCACAUGCCAAAUGGUCUGGGGCAACUAACUGCUCUUCAGACAUUAUCACAAUUUGUAGCUGGCAAGUAUGGCACCUCCCCUGAUCUCAGUGCACGCCUGCGGGAAUUAAAUGGCCUAAACGACCUACGAGGAGAGUUAAAAAUUUCAAAGCUGGAAAAAUUGAAGGUUUCUGCAACGGAAUCAAGGGAAGCGAAUUUGAAGGGAAAAGAGAACUUAGAGGUCUUGAGAUUAGAAUGGAACAGAGGAGUUGAUGACGACAGAGUUAUUGAUGAAGAUGAAGUGCUGCUAGAAAGCUUUCAGCCACAUUCUAAUCUUAAGGAGUUUCACAUUUACGGGUAUAGAGCUGGAAAGUUUCCAAGUUGGAUGAUGCUUAACUUGUCUUUAUUGCUCCCGAAUCUUCAGGAGAUCAUCAUAUGGAGGUGUUACAGAUGCUUAGAACUCCCGAUGUUUAGUCAGCUACCUAUGCUCAAGGUUCUGAAACUUGAAGAGGUUACGGCUUUGGAGUACAUCGAGAAUAGCAGCAAUGGGUCUUCUUCAUUGUUUUCAGUCAGGGGCAAUCUGUCCAUGAGAGGAAAAAGAGAAGAAAAAUCGGCAUUGUUCUUCCCAAGCCUACAGGAACUUCGACUCUUUGACUUGCGUGAUUUUAAGGGAUGGUGGAGGGAAGAAGUUUCUGUGGUUAACAAUGAUGAAGCAACAGUAGAAAUGACAGCAGAAACAGAAGGAAUAUCUCUUCCAUCAGUAGCAGCCUGUGAGGAGAAGCAACAGCCACUACAGCAGCAGCUAGUUCUGCCGUCAUUUCCUUGCCUUUCAAAAUUAACCAUUGGCCACUGUCCAAAUCUAUCAAACUUGCCAUUGCAUCCAUUUCUUAAUGAAGUGGAGUUCAAGGAUGUAAAUGCUGGGCUGGUGCAGUGGUCAAUGGUGGGUCUUGCUUCAAUAGAAGGGAGUUCGGCAUCAGGAAGAAACACUUCACUUCCUUCCUUCCCCUCCACUCCAGAACUGAAGCAUUUGUGUAUUGACAGCGUCAUGGAUCUUGUUUCAAUGUCAGAGCUGGGACUCCAAAACUUCACUUACCUUGAGCAUCUAACCAUAGAGAACUGUCCAAAUCUGUCAUCUCUGCCAGAGGAAAGUUUAGGGGGUUUAAGGUCACUCCGAUCUCUCUCCAUUAGUGGCUGUGGAAGCCUAACGUCACUGUCCCCGGGAUUGCAAUAUCUCACAUCCCUCGAAGAGCUUGAAAUCAAAGAGUGCAGAGCACUUGAUAUGUCAGAUUGCGAUGAAGAGAACAGCUUGCAAUUUCGAGGACUGAAGAGCCUUCGGAGACUGAAAAUCGGAUAUAUGCCACAAUUAGAAUCUAUACCGGAUGGAAUUCAUGAAGUUACAUCGUUGCAAGAUUUAAAGAUUGAAGGCUGCGUUGGCUUGAAGACUUUGCCAGAGUGGAUUCAUGAACUCAAAUUACUUCAAAGGCUUGACAUUUCUGAUUGUCCCGAGCUCACUUCUCUACCACAGGGUUGCAUGAAAGCAUUGCAAAUUUUGGAAAUCUACAACUGUCCCAAGUUGCUGAGAGUAUGUGAAACGAGAACAAGCAUGGACUGGUCUUUUAUUACCCACAUCCCUCAUGUCUAUAUUGACCGGAAAAAGAUCACGAUACAUGCUGCUGAUAUCUCAAGCUAGUAAGGGUUGCUGUUUCAUUUUGCAGGCCUGCUCGUCUUCUUUAUCAUUAAUUCUUUAUAAACUGCCCUAGCUAUCCCUUACUUUGUUGGUUGUUGUUCAAGAUACAACAGUUUGGCGUAUUCUUAAGCUUUAUUAUCAUGAAA